GCUAUUUCCUCUUACCAACAUAGACACAAAAAUUAGCACGUAACGAACAACAUUACCGACUCACCGUCUAUCGUCACAGCCGAGAAUUCUAUACACUACUAGUCACAAAUCUUAUAGACGGUCUCAUUCAUUCACUCAUUCGUAAUCGAUCCCGGCUCACAACCAUAAGGACUCAGUAGUACCAGAAGCACCAAAGGUUACAUUCUCUCAGAGGCCGACGACGCUGAUCCGGCAAAGAUCCAAGUCUUAUGUAGCAUCCACCCGCAUCCACCAUCAACACCCGGGGGCAAAGUGAAGACUAGCGUACUAUACCUACUAGAUUUACUAGGUACCUAGAGGUUGGAACGGGUUAUUCUACCACACCUAUAGAGGUGUUUAAAUUCCUUUCCUCUCGGAGGUUCGCGCUCUCUCUCUGACGCAAACUCUUCUCCCGCUUCCGGUAGCAUCCGAGGCCGUACUAUGUCUAUUUCAAACGUCGGCUCUGUCAUACUUCACCUCGUGGUAUUCCUGACAACCCUCGUCAACUUUCACUCGGCAUUAGCUCAUGUCGAACCUGUCUUACUCGUCGGCAUUUACAUAAUAUCCAGGCUAUUCGCUCGGACUCCGGACGACUUCUGCAUGUCAAAAUGUCCAGAGCUAUGAGCAGUCAGAUUGAUAUCGAGACUGCCAUCAACGGCUAUGUGACACCUGGCGAAGACUACUUUAAUAGAGGUGGUUCGCCCGCCUUUUCGAUUUCGCAUCGAGAACAGCAAGGGAUGAGACCGCCUCCUGUUCCUUUCCUCGGACAACCGAAUGCUGAAAGCCUGGCUAAGAUGAUCUCAAAUGCUAGAAAGCCGAGAAGAGGAAAGAAGAUUGGAAUUCGUGAUAGGAUAUGCUGUCAUCAAUGGACCUGGUUCACGAUGACUAUGGCAACCGGCGGCGUUGCUAACGUCUUCUACUCCAUAUGGACUCCGUACCAGGCUGACUGGCUAUGGUAUAUCGGGCUUGUCUUUUUCCUCUUUAACAUAUGCCUAUUCAUCAUGAACUGUGUCUUGAUCACAAUGAGAUUCGUCAUGGUCCCUGGGAGUUUCAUGCACUCGUUUUUGGACCAGAUGGAAUCUCUUUUCAUCCCGUCUGUGGUCGUGUCUGCCGCAACUAUCUUGAUCAACACUUGCGAAUAUGGAAUUCCCAUGACUGGACCUUGGCUUCAACAUACAAUGGAAUGGCUAUUCUGGAUCUACAUCAUCGUCAGCGUGUUAGCGAGCGCCGGCAUGUAUCUCAUCUUAUGGUCAACCCAGAUCUUUCCCAUUCAUACCAUGACACCAGUCUGGGUUUUCCCAGGAUACCCUCUACUCCUAUCUGCGCCGUUCGCUAGUACCCUCAUAGCAGCAAAUCAGAUAGUUUCGGGAAACCCGCCGAUUAACAGGCUAGCAAUAGGGAUGUGCGCAAUAGCGGUACAAGGCACCGGAUUCUUGAUCAGUUUCAUGAUAUGUGCUGCGUUCAUCUACCGUCUUAUGACCCAAAAGCUACCUCGAGAUGAGCAACGACCUGGUGUGUUCAUCUCUAUUGGACCUAGCGGUUUUACAGUGGCUGGAAUAGUCUCCCUCGGACAACAAGCUCAAGUGGUCAUCCCAGAUAGCUUCCAAGGUUCGACUCACAGCAUCAUCAUCUUACGACUACUUUCGACGAUCAUAGGGAUAUGGCUAUGGGGCCUCAGCAUCUGGUUCUUCCUGGUAUCAGUCGGUUCGUUAUGGAAAUACGUACGUCCCGAGCGUAAGAUGCCUUUCCAGAUGACCUGGUGGUCUUUCGUAUUCCCCAACACGGCUCUCGUUACCGCAACUCUGGCAUUGGCUACAGCUCUAGGUAGCAACGGGCUCCGUAUCUGCGGAUGCGUCAUGGCUGCUAUUCUAAUCGUCGUUUGGGCACUUGUCCUUGCCAGGAUGCUACGGUGCCUUUGGAAUAGGGAACUACUAUGGCCGAAGGGGCUGGAGGACGAGUAGAUGAACGGGAACCGUAUGGAAAACUGUUUUGCUAUUUGGACUAGAUCGUACGGGCUAUCGUAGGAUUUUGACAAAGCGAUGCUGAUCAGCGAGUAAUGAUACCCAAAUGUGAAUACGUUGAUUUUAAGUUACAAUAAAGCCUAUUGCGAAACC